CAAUCUUGAUGGCAGUACAAUUUAGAGGUUAUGUUUCUUCUGAAAAACUAACAAAUUUUCGUUCAUUUUCCUAAUUGUCGAAAAAAAUGUCGACUGUGUAUGAGAAACAAGAGUACUCGAUACUUCAGGAAUUAUUGAAACAUCUAAAGACAGAGUCCAAGAGCGGAAUCUCCUCAUGUUUGGCACGGCUCAAAAACGAACCCAAGUCCUACAAGCAAUUCGCAAAAGAUGGAGGGCUGGGCAUUUUAGUAAAUUUACUCCGUUGUCAUAAUUUGAAAAUAUUGAAUAUGACUUUGAGUGUUCUAGCGAACGCAUGCAUGAGUUCUGACGCGAGGGAGAAGGUCAGAGGAUCUAAAAUAGCCAGUAGCGUAGUCUCUAUAAUAAAAUAUAUAAAGUUAGGGAACACUUUACACUGCCGUGCUUGUAGACUGAUUGGAAACUUGUCAGAGUGCGAUUGGCAUGCUAAAUCACUGUGCGAGGCUGGUGCAAUUCAAGCUCUAGUUGAUCUUUUACAGUUAGAUAUAAAUAUGCAAACUCAUUUAAUGGGUGUUAGGGCUAUAAGAAAUAUUUGGAGUAUAUAUGAAGGUAGCAGAGAAGAGAUUUUAGAGUCUGGAAUUAUACAUAGAAUAACAGGUCUCUUAAUAAUAGCAAUGGAAAAAUUACAAACAGGUGCAAAGUAUUUGGAGCUGGUAGAAACUUGUUUAAAAGCUAUGUGCGCUUUUCUGAUUACUCUUGAUCCUCGAGUCGGGGAACAAAUGCGAGGAGAGAAAGAUAUGCAAGGCUACAAAUGCGUUGUACAGUGCUGCGAUAUGAAUAAUAAAAUGGCCAUUAAGUGUUUGUACAACCUUUGCCAAAUAGCAGAAUGUCGUCCUAUUUUGGGAAACUCUGGUGCUAUUGAGAGUCUCAUUGCUCUUAUCAAAGAUCAUUCAGAAUUGUCUAAAGAAACAUUAGUUAGUUUAUGUCUGUUUUGUCGGGAAGCUGUGAAUCGUGCAAGAAUUAGAAUGGGAUCUGGUUUAGAAUUAAUGUUAUCUUUGUUGCAAACUGCUGAACACGAAAAAUAUCAUCCCAUGUUAUUGCACGGUUUGGCACAAUUUGUUUAUGACGAUCCAAGCAUUAUGAUAAUGCUUAGAAAUGGAUUGCUUGACGUUUUGGUAACCAGGCUGAAAAAUAUGGUAACCGAAGUCGCAAGUAACGAGCAGACUAAUUGUUCAAAAAAGAGAGGUAACGAGUCACCACCUAACAAACAAUCAGAGUUCAAAUACAACAAGACCAAUUUAGGACGAUUCAGUUCAGAUUAUUACCGUGACGAUUGGAGUCCAGGCAGUGCAACCAGUGUUUCUUCUUCACCCCCUAGCACACCCCCAUUACCAUUCUAUGAUUCUAUGGAAAAUGACGAAAACGCGGAAGACAAUUACAGUCCAGUUUGUAGUGAUACAGAAUUUAUGGACAACGAAGAUGAACCUCAAGAAGAGGUGGAAUCAUUAAAAAGUUGUAAAUCGGUGAUCAUAGACGUAGAAGAAUCCCACGCUUCUGAAAAAGAAAAUAAAUGCAACGUUUCCGAAUAUGCAAACGUUUGGACCUUAAGUCUGUUGAGCCGUCUGAGUCAUUCGAAUGAUCCAAUUGAACGACUGGCGGAUCCUACAACCAUCGAAGCUCUGUCAGCGUAUAUUAGACAUGCUAAAAAUCCAAAAGCGUCCAGAAUUUUGACUAGAAUCACAAGAAAUGGCGCGUAUUUAAUGCCGCUGUUAAAACAAGGCUUCGUUUUCGAAGCUCAGACGCUGUACGGUUCGGAACAGUACACAAGACAGUUGUGCGCACUGGCGGAAACCGGCGGGGCAAUAGGUGAACUUACGUCCAUACUACUUCGCGGGGAUGAAACUCACAAAUUAAUAAUUGCAGUAUCGAUACCAUUCCUGAUUAAAUCGCGCUACAUUCUCAAGUCUCUGUUGAACAGUUACGGUGGCCUGCCGUUAAUAUUCCGCGUGCUAUCCGACCAGCAGCACAGUCUCUACGAGAAUGCUAUUUGGUCGAUAUGUCGGCUAGCGAACACGCUGCAGAUUCAGCCGGAAAUUAUAGAGAAGUGUCAAAGCACUGACACAACAUCCACGGAUUUUCCUAGGGUUUAUGACAACCAUCCGAAACCGGCAACAGUCACAUUCGAGUUGGAUGACGGCACCACCGUCGACGCUUGCAGGCACACGCUUUGCCAAAAGUCUGACGCUUUCUCAGCUAUGCUUGAGGGAAACUUUUCGGAAUCGGGGAAGAAACGCGUGAAGCUACGAAACACAACGAAGGACGGUCUUAACACGUUAAUGCUGGCCGUGACCGGUUCCGUGUUCGAGACCAGAACCAUCGAGUCUUUAUUGGAUGCCGUGCUACUGGCUGACAAGUUCCUCAUGGCGGACGUAUCGGAUAUCCUCACGGAGAGCUCGAUUUCCAAGUUGAAUUAUAAAAACUACAGCAGAGCCUGGAGUUGGGCGAGAAAGAAUUCAUGCCACGAAUUGAAAUCUUGCUGCGUAAAAAGCUUUCUGACAGCCUCGAUGAGCAAAUCUGAAACGAUUCAAGCAUUUCAGGACUUUUCCAAUAGCGAUAAAUUUAAUGAAUUUCUAGACGAGGUCAGAGAGAUUAUUAACAGUGUUUUGUGCCAACGUUAA